AUGGCGUCCGACGAGAUUAUCUGGCAAAUCAUCAACCAGCAGUUCUGUGCCUUUAAACUAAAAACGAACAAGGAGCAAAACUUUUGCCGCAACGAGUACAACGUCACGGGCUUCUGCAACCGCCAGUCAUGUCCCCUCGCCAACUCGCGGUACGCGACGGUGCGGCAGCACCCGACCAAGGACGUGCUGUACCUGUACAUGAAGACGGUCGAGCGCGCGCACCUGCCGUCCAAGAUGUGGGAGCGCAUCAAGCUCGACGGCAACUACAACAAGGCGCUGGAGCAGAUUGACGAGCGGCUCAUCUACUGGCCCAAGUUCCUCAUCCACAAGUGCAAGCAGCGCCUCACGCGGCUCAAGCAGGUGCAGAUCCGCACGCGCAGGAUCGCCAGCGAGGAGGAGCGCCUGGGCGAGAAGCUGGUGCCCAAGCUGGCGCCCAAGGUCAAGCACCGCGAGCAGGCCCGCGAGCGCAAGGCCGAGGCGGCCGCCAAGCUGGAGCGCACCAUCGAGCGCGAGCUGGUAGAGCGCCUGCGCCAGGGCGCCUACGGUGACCAGCCCCUCAACGUCAGCGAGACCAUCUGGAAGAAGGUGCUCAACGCCAUGGAGCGCGAGGGCCAGGGCGAGCGCGACGUGGACCUGGACGAGGGCAUCGACGAGGACGAUGAGGAGGACGCCGAGCGCGAGAGCGAGGACGGCGCCGUCGAGUACGUGUCCGACAUUGGCGAGAGCGACGAGGAGCUCGACGAGCUCGAGGACUGGCUCGAGAGCGACGACGACGAGGAAGACAAGGAGGAGGAGGAGGUGGACAGCGAGGAGGAGGAAGAUGCCGAGGCUGGCAAGAAGCGCAAGCGCGGCAAGGUGACCAAGAUGAACGCCAAGCGGGCCAAGCAGGUCGAGGAGGCCCGGCCGAAGCUGAAGCUGACGCACGACAUGGAGUGGUAG